AUGCCAGGCGGUUAUAUUCCCGGUCUUCCACCUAUCUACCCUAAUAGUUGGAUCUCUUCAGGAAUAUCUAACAUGUCUCGCCUAGAAUCUGCUGACUCAAAUUGCACCUAUGGAAUUCACUGGAUAUGGGUUUCAAUGGGACUGUGUGUUAUGGAUAUUCAAGGUGGCAUAGCCUUAUUUUGUGGAGUUCUAUGUUUAUUUCUUUGGAUUGCAGUAGGUAUACCUCAAAUUGUUGAGAAUUUUCGAACAGGAAUUGCAGACAAAGCUCUUUCUCCUAGUUUUCUUUGCUUUUGGACUUUCGGUGAUGUCUGUAACCUGAUAGGUUGUUUUUUAACACAUCAACUAAUUAUGCAGAUUGUUGUGACAGGGUACUGUAUUGUUAGUGACUUCGUCCUUGUGUUCCAAUUCAUCUAUUACAAACAUCGUCAUAAGGCUAUCUUACGUCGAAUGGCUACAGCUUUAAAAGAUGGUGAAGUAUCUUCGAACUCAAGCUCUUCUUCUCCCAUUAUUUGUGACGAAUCGGAACAACAUAAUUCACAUCAAGGAUAUCAAAGACUUUCAGUUGGUUUAGUUGGUGCAGGAUGUUUAACUUUGAUGGGCAUUUCUUUAACUUCUAUCGAGAAUCCGUUUAAUACUUAUGUUAUUAAACAAUCAGUAUCCAGUGGUUUACACUACCAAUCAAGACAGUUAUUGGAGUGGAAACAAUAUGAAUCAACAGAUCAUCCAUUCAUAACUUCAGAUCCUUUAAAUGGUGGUACAAUUAUAUUGGGAUAUAUUCUUGGGUGGAUUUCCACAUCCAUGUACCUGUUCUCUCGAUUGCCACAAUUAUUUCGCAAUUGGAAACGUAAAUCAACUGAAGGACUGUCUAUAUUCAUGUUUUCCAUGGCUGUUACUGGGAAUAUUUCAUAUGGUAUUCAAAUUUUACUUACAUCUACUGAAAAAAACUACUUAAUCCGAGCUACACCGUGGCUUGUUGGAAGUUUCGGUGUAGUUUUGCUAGAUAUUUUUGCAGUAUUAGACGAUCAUAGUGCUUGUGAGGUAUGGCGUAGUCGUGAUCGUUUAUAUUCUUCAUUAGUAGCUAUAUUUCCAGCUGCAUUAAUUGGUAAACCAGUUACGGUGACACUGUUAGAUGAAACACGUAUAACUGGACGUUUAUGUUCAUGUGAUGGAUUGAUGAAUUUACAAUUGGAUAGUGGUGUUAUAAUAAGAAAACCAGAUUCUGACGGGCUAAACGAGAUUAUUCUAGUUGAAACAAUGAUGAUAUUUGGUAAACGUAUACGUUAUGUGACCUUACCGAAAUUAAUUGAUAUUUCAUCAACACUUGCAGAAUGGGAGUCCAAAAGUCAAAAUGGUAGAAUAUUUUUAUCUAGACCAACAAAAUCAUCAAAACCUUUAAAGGAGAGCCAGAUUAAAAAUAAUGAGAAUGAAUUGUGUCAGUCAAGUAUGACAAAUGAUCAUUUUGUAGAUAUUAAUUAUGUCGAUAACACCGAGAACAUUCCGUGGUUGGAGCAAUCUGAUCUAGAACAAUUUGCAUCUAUUGGUGUAAAGCCGACAGGAGAUAAAAAAGUUGAUUUAAUUAUGGUGCAAACCUUAAAAGUACUUAAUAACCCAUUAUAG